AUCUAUGAAAAAUUAGUUCAUGACGGAAAUUGAGUUUUAGAUAAUGGCGCUGUAUGAAAUUUUAUAGGUGUUCAUUUGCGAGUUGGCGCGAGGUCACGAGGGAUAUCUGAUAUAUAUAGUUAGUUGUAAAAAAAAUAAAGGUUUAAUUAUUAAUAUUUCAUUUUACUGGAAUAAAAAUUAUACGAUUACACAAACAAAAUGUUUUGGGGUUUAAUACUGGAACCAAAUAGACGAUAUACACAAACUGUUGAAAAAUCAUUUCAUGUGUCAAUGGCUAGUUUAAAUCUUCAAAAAGCCGAUGACAGUGUGGUACAAGUAAUGUUAUACUACGAAGAUAGUUGUUAUUUGUUAUGCAAUUUAAAAAAAAGCACAACAUGGCAGGUACCACUUGAUUUGAAUUUUCAUGAGGGAACCACAAUAGCAUUUAUAUGUCAUGGUCAUGGUCAAGUACAUUUAACUGGUUAUUUAAUACCUGAUGACGAUUUAGAUGAAUUAGAAGAAGAAGAAGAUGAACAGGUACCACAAUUAGUUGAAAAACAAUCGAAAAGGAAAGCUAUAGAUUCUUUAAAAAGUGAAAAGAAUAUUAAACGCUCUAAACAAGAAAUUGAAGCAGAAUCUUCUGAUGAGGAUAUAGACCUAGAUGGUAUAACUGAAGAGCAUGAUUCUGAUGAAUCUGAGGAAGGAGAUGAGGAAUUACUAUUUAAUGAAGAAGGUACAGAAGAAUAUGAAGAAGGUGAAGAAGAAGAGGAAGAUGAUGAAGAAGAAAAAAUAAAGUUUCAACAGAAAGAUAAAAAAAAUAAACAGCAAGAGAAAAAAAGAGUAGUUAAUGGAAAAGAAGCUAAACAAAAAAGAGAUAAAGGGAAACAGCAACAAAAUGAAAUGAAUAUCCAAAGUGACCAAAAAACAAGACUAGUAGAAGGUGGGGUACAAAUCAAAGAAUUGAAAAUAGGUAAUGGCAGUGUUGCAAAAAAUGGAAAAUAUAUUUCUGUAUAUUACGUGGGACGCUUGAAAAAUGGAAAAAUAUUUGAUUCAUCAACGCAAGGAGAUGGUUUUAAAUUUAGACUCGGAAAAGGUGAAGUAGUUAAAGGUUGGGAUGUUGGUAUUGUAGGAAUGAAAGUAGGAGGAAAACGACGUAUUACAAUACCUCCAGCUAUGGCAUAUGGAGCAAAAGGCUCGCCACCUAUUAUUCCUGGUAAUAGCACACUGAUGUUUGAAAUAGAACUUAGGAAUGUACAUUAAAUCAUUGUGUCAAGAAUAUUUAAAUAAUGUUAAGCGAUGUAUAAUGUAUUUUAAACUAAUAAAUGUAAUAUCCUUUUUAA